AUGUCUAUUUUGCCACACCAAGGUCAGGCUUCUCUUCCACCAGAGAUAUGGGACAUCAUCAUCCCCAAGACAUCGAGGGCUGGACAGCGUUCCUGUCUCUUCGUUUGCAGAUUGUUCUAUGGGAUAGCAGUGCGAACAUUAUUCUCUUCUAUCUACGUUCAUCUCGGCCUCUGCGACUGGCGGUGGGCUUACCGGACUCGUACUCGGGGGGAACGAGUGCAGCUAGAACGCGAUAACAUCACGCGAGCCAGCGCCCUCCUCGAACACAUCGCGCACGAUGUGGUCUUUGCGUCAUAUGUCCGGAAGAUGGCGGUGUAUGUGUUCAUCAACGACGCGGAGGAUAAGGUACUUGGAGCGCGACGAUGCUUACUGUCUGCGCUCAAAAGCCUGCACAAUCUGACCACGUUCGUGGUUUCCCAAUAUCGGUCGUUGCUUGAUGUGGACCAGGAGUGCAUCGAUGCACUGGCUUCAGCGCAUCCGCCGUUGAGAGAACUUCACUUUCCGAUGUAUCUUAACAUCGCUGGUGACGCUUGCAGCCAAGAUGGACCCAUGAAUAUGUCACUGGGGGACCUGCGUUUGGAUGCAUUCGACCGUUUGGAGUCUGUUACUUUGCAUCUCGAGGCCGGCUACAGACUCGACGACUUCAUCGGAUACGAUAGAGAGAAAGACUUCCUCUGCGCUCUUACAAGCGCCCGCCGUGAUACGCUCCGGUGUCUGAAAAUCGGCGGGAACCUCGGUCUUGAUUGCCCCGACGCUCUUGCGCAGGUUCUCCAUCUGAGGGAUCUCGAGUUACAGUAUUCCGAAGGCGUGGACGAAGUAGAGACUGUCAUCCAGCGCUGUCCCAACCUGCAUUCCUUUGGCCUUGCAUCGUACACCGGCGACCAUGAGAACAUCAUGCAGGUGUUCGCGCGUAACAGCUCGGCCCUGCCUCAUCUCACAUCUUUGCGACACACGGGGUACGUUUCGCUGCGUGAGAACACGUUUAGCCUGGACGGGCUGGUCGAGUUCGUGAGGGAAAAGGCGCUACUGCGCAGGCUGGACUUUGCUGCCAGCUAUCGAUGGGAAGAACUCAAGGCGCUGUUGCCAUUCCUCAGAUCGUCGAAGACGCUGGACACACUGGGGCUCUCGCUGCAGGCGGAUGUGUUCCGCAAGGAUGAUGCACGGCAUUUGCAGGCACACCUUCCUUCCCAGAUCCGUGCUCUACGCGUGCAUAUUUCCAUCAAGAGCCUUGAAGUGGGCGCAGAUAUGUGGCACGGGCUGUGGACGCACCUCCCCGAGCUCAGAUUCAUCUACGUCCACGAGGAACCGCACGAGCGCGGCCCCGUGCUUGACAUCGAGCAGCUGGCCUCGAGAGCACCACGCUUGCAGGUGGUCGGCGUUAAUGGGCGUUUCAGGGAGGUCGAGCGCGGAAGCGAUGGCUCGGUCGCGCUCUCUGCGCCGUGGCCGAUGUUCAAGAUUGCUGCGCGGGAUUUCGACUGCGACGACUGGGAGUGGCUUAUGUUCGAAGCUACCCUGCCGCUCUGGGAGGUCUCUGGAGCGAAUGGCCCUCGGGCCCCGACGACAGGGCUGGUCACAUAA